GUUUGAAGCAGUGUUGUGUUGGCUGGGAGCUGCAGCGUUGUCCCUCUCUUUACCCCCUGUGUGGGCCCUUCUCUUUUUUACUAUGGUAAUAGUGACAUUCAGCUGGAAAGGCUAUAGGAACAGACAUCAAAAGCCUAGACAGCAGCUAGUGAUUGCUCCUCUUUUUUUUAAGUCCCCCCCUGUGUCUACCCAGCACAAUGCUGGACCUGACACGUCGUCGUCGCAUGGAGCUGCACCUUACUAUUGCUACUAGGGACUGUGUGGCAUAAGCGGAAUUUGUGUGCUCGCCUCACCGCUGAGAACAUCUUCCCGGAGAACUCUGGAUAAUUAACACUUCAACACAAUUUUACUGCAAAAUCUGCUGCUCGUGGCCGUCACCUAUCCACACUGCUUGUAUAUGGCAAAGUUUUUCGCCGAGCUUCUGGGCUGCACAUUGCGAGACAAGGGUGCGUCUCCUACGGUUGAGAUCAAGAGUCAGUCCCGUAUCAGCCUAAAUCAGAGCACCAAGAGGAAGACAACCAUAUUCAGCACCUUGACUGUUGAGAAGUCACUAUGCGAGACAAAACUGGAGAGAAUGCCACAAACCCCUUCUUUGGUAGCCAUGUUUGACAGCAGUACUUAUAACCGCAACGUGUAUCAUUCCAAAGAAGAGAGCUCUGCUGACCUGUAUUACCAAGAAAACAACUUGUUAUCUGGCUCACUUGAAGCACUCAUCCAGCACUUGGUGCCCAGCGUUGAUUACUAUCCGGAUAGAACAUACAUAUUCACCUUCCUCCUCAGCUCUAGACUCUUCAUUCAUCCCUUUGAGUUAAUGGCUAAAGUCUGUCAUGUUUGUAUUGAACAGCAGCGACUAAAUGAGCCAGGCAUCGAUAAGAGCCACAUCAGAAAAAUUGCACCUAAAAUCCUUCAGCUGCUGACAGAAUGGACUGAGACCUUCCCUUACGACUUCAGGGAUGAGAGAAUGAUGAGAAAUCUAAAAGACACAGCUCAUCGCAUCACUCAUGGAGACGAGAUGUACAGAAAAACUGUCCAGCAAAUCAUCCAAAACCUUAUCCGGAAAUUAGCUGCUUUGAGCCAAUAUGAAGAACUUAUUGCCAAGAUCAAUGCCCAGUCUGCUGAUCGUAUGGCCAUCCUAAAGAGCAAGCCACAGUCCAUUCAGAGGGAUAUCAUCAGCAUAUGCAGCGACCCUUAUACUUUAGCUCAGCAGCUAACUCAUAUUGAGCUGGAGAGGUUAAGUUACAUUGGACCGGAAGAGUUUGUGCAUGCUUUUGUGCGGAAGGAUCCAUUAGACAACAAUGAGAGCUGUUACAGUGACCGCAAAAGAACUCGGAAUUUGGAAGCCUAUGUGGAGUGGUUCAAUCGGCUAAGCUACCUUGUUGCAACAGAAAUCUGCAUGCCUGUUAAGAAGAAGCACAGAGCCAAAAUAAUUGAGUUCUUCAUUGAUGUUGCUCGGGAAUGUUUCAACAUUGGCAAUUUCAACUCUCUGAUGGCAAUUAUUUCUGGCAUGAACAUGAGCCCUGUGUCUCGACUAAAGAAAACUUGGGCAAAAGUCAAGACUGCAAAGUUUGAUAUCCUUGAGCAUCAGAUGGAUCCUUCCAGCAACUUUUACAAUUACAGAACUGCUUUGCGUGGGGCAGCUCAAAGGUCUCUAACCGCCCACAGCAACAGGGAGAAGAUUGUGAUCCCAUUCUGCAGCCUGCUGAUUAAGGACAUCUACUUUCUGAAUGAGGGCUGUACAAGUCGCCUCCCUAAUGGACAUGUCAAUUUUGAGAAAUUCUGGGAGUUAGCAAGGCAAGUCAGCGAGUUCACGGCAUGGAAACAAGUUGAGUGUCCUUUUGAAAAAGACCGGAAGAUCCUGCAUUACGUCCUGACUGCACCAAUAUUUAGUGAAGAUGGACUGUAUCUGGCCUCCUAUGAGAAUGAAAGUCCUGAGAAUCACAUGGAAAAGGACAGAUGGAAAAGUCUGAGGUCAGCACUUUUGGGCAGAGUCUAAUGUAUGAAGUUGCUGCCAUAAAAUGGCCAUUAUUUAUGGACACAUUUGCACUGAGUGGGAUUUGACUGAUUGGAGCAUGUCAGGCAGCCGUUUCUCCAGCACAGCAGAGGUGAAUCACUGCAGCUCUAGGGCAGACAGGCAAAUUAAAUGAAUUUCCAGUGACUGGGCUCCGGUGCCUGUUUAGGACAAACAAUUAAGGCUAUUUCACAGUCUUCCCUAUGCUCAGCUUUUACAUCUUCAUUUGCGUAUAGAUUCCUUACUGGAUCCCACCUUCUGCUUAUCACUCCAACCCAGCUGUCAGUCUUACACAAUAAGAAUAAAGUCACCAUGUGUGCUGCAGAGGACAAGCAGUACUUCAAGGUGAAGACAACGAAAAUCUUUAAAAAAAAAACAAACUGAAAAUCUCUCGCUGGACGGAGCCUCCACCCGUAAAUGAUGAACAGAUUGGUUUCUAAACUAGUUUACUGCUGGAUAGUAAACUGUGAACUGUUAAUAAAUAUUACUAAUAUUUCAUGUAUACCAUUUGCUGUCAUUUCAGAUCUAAAAUGUCUGGAAUGUAGGUAACAAUAUAGCACAGUAAAUGUGUGAAUUGACUGUUACUGUGUGUUUGAUGUGUUUACAGUCUUAUUUCCCUUUUUUUUCUUUGUAUUGUCUUUUCAUAUUCAUGUCUGUUGUGCUAUUAUGAAUCUCAUUUAUUUAUUACACUGCUCUAACCAGCAAGGCUCAGAGCAAGUUGUGCACUGAACAUAAUACUGAAGUAAACCUAACUGUCCUUGUCUUGCUUCGCCUGCCAUCAGUAUACUUUUAGAAGUACUGUAGGCUGGAAAGCCUUUG